AUGGGAGGUCAAUUAUCUAUUGAAGCUAGAUUAAAAUCUAUAAUCCCUCCAUUAACAUUCGACUCUCACAAAGGGGGGUGUGGUAAAAUUGCUAUUAUUGGUGGAAGUGUAGAAUAUACAGGAGCACCUUAUUUUAGUGGUAUAACUGCUUUAAGAGUUGGAUGUGAUCUUGCACACAUUUUCUGCCAUCAAGACGCUGCUAUGGCUAUUAAGUCAUACUCCCCAGAGUUAAUAGUACAUCCCUUCUUUAAAGAGGAUUAUGAUACAAAUGAAGUAUUGAAAUGGUUAGACCCACUACAAGCUUUGGUUGUUGGUCCUGGAUUAGGAAGAGAUGAGUCUGUAAUGGAAGCAACUCUUUCCAUCUUAAAACAAGCGGUAACUAAAAACAUCAUAGUUAUUCUUGAUGCAGAUGGAUUAUUCUUAAUAAACAGUCAUCUCGAUUUAAUUAAAGGAAAAAAGAAUGUUAUAUUAACUCCAAAUGUUAUGGAAUAUAGAAGACUUUGUGAUGCACUAAAAGUUUCUUAUAAUACACCAUGUAACAAAGUAGCUGUAAUGCUUGGGGGAGUUACUAUUCUUCAAAAAGGUCAAGUAGAUAUAAUUUCAAAUGGAAGUUAUACUGUUCACGUUAAACACACAGGGUCUCCACGACGUUGUGGAGGACAAGGUGAUGUACUAAGUGGAAGUCUUGCUACCUUUGCUGCAUGGAGUAAAUUAAAUCAAGAUUUUCAAGAUGGAGAUCUAAUUUGUUGUUCAGUUGCAGCAUCAGCUUUAGUUAAAGAGUGUAGUUCGUUUGUGUUCAAAGAAAAACAUAGAGGGGUUAUAACAAGUGAUAUUAUAGAAUCUGUUCCAACUGUUUUUGAUCAGUUAUUUGAACAAAACAAAAUUCAUCUAAUUUAUGAAUGA